ACAAUUUUCACAAAAAUAUCCAAUAAUAAUAAUGGCAACACCUAUAUCUGUAUCUAUAUCUACAUUCUCUCGGGUAACCGUGUCACCGGAAUCUCAUCACUCCGGCGACCUAUUCUGGCCUGCACUACAUACAUCUACUUUCCGCGCCAAAACCUUACGCGUUCGUAACAGCAAUUUAUCAAAUGGAAAACCGAGUAACGAUGAUUAUAAAUCAAAGUUUUUGAAUGAAGAAGGUGUUAUUGAAGAUAUGGACGGUUAUCUCAACUAUUUAUCUCUCGAAUACGACUCGGUUUGGGACACGAAACCGGCGUGGUGUCAACCGUGGACAAUAACCCUGACUGGACUGUCUGUGAUUGCUGUUAGCUGGGUAAUAUUGCGCAAUGUGUUAGCCACUUCAGCCGCUGCCACUUUAAUUGGCGCUUGGUGGUACAUCUUUCUAUAUUCUUACCCAAAGUCAUAUACGGAAAUGAUUGCUGAGCGAAGGAAGAAAGUUACUAGCGGGGUUGAAGACACUUUCGGCUUGAGAAAUAGCCCUUAAUCUUAUGCUGGAAACCAAAUAAACAAGGAGGCAGGAUAGUUGAUUGUUGGUUUGUAAAUUGUGUAUUGAGAUCACAUACAAUGACAUGGCAGCAUAAUUAUUACUUCCAAAAAAUUGCAGUACUGCACUGCCAAUGCAACAAACAAGAUUCAUAUCCCAUGUAAUGAACCAGACUUGUCAAGCCUUUUUUUACCA